UCCACGUGUUCAAAAGACAAUAUGGAAGUCAGCCGUGAAGAAGAAGAUGAUGAUGUAGUUGUGGACAUAUCUAGCUGGUGUGACUUCUUCUCAGAAGUUUCUAGGUUUGUAGACAUGCUUGAGAGGCAGUACGGCUUGGCAAACGUGGCCUUCACUGAGUAUGCUGUUUUAAGGCUCUCAACAACUAUCAGAAGCCUGCAGAGUAUAGAAGAAGCAUUGAUCGCUCAUGAAAACUCCGAUGAUUUAGAGGAAAUAAUUGGUUAUGUAAACGAGCUUUCUGACAUUUUAAUGGUGUUACAAUCUGUUUGGAGUAGUUAUGAGGAGGCCAUGAAGAAUACCUCGGUGGUACAACGAGUACCACCUACUGUUGGUAAUGGUAGAGGAAGGCCACGGUUUGACAUAACACAGGAACAAAUUGAAUAUCUUCGCUAUCUAUCAUUUAGCUGGAGUUCAAUUUCCUCGUUGUUAGGAGUAUCAAGAAUGACACUUUACCGGAGAAAAAAACAAUUUGGCAUUUCUUCAACAAAUUCGUCUCUGACUGAUUCUGAGUUGGACGAGCGUAUUCGUGAGAUCCGUAGAGAGCUACCAUACAGUGGUGAAACAAUUGUUAUGGGAAGAUUAAGAAGUAUUCAGUGCUGUAUUCCGCGUAAGCGUGUCAGGGAAAGUAUCCGACGAAUUGACCCACUGAACACUCCUUUACGAUGGGGAAGGAAUCGACACUCAAGAAGACCAUAUUCUGUUCCGGGUCCUAACUGCUUGUGGCAUUUAGAUGGUCAUCACAAGCUGAUAAGAUGGCGUCUAGUGACCCAUGGAGGCAUUGACGGUUACUCCCGCCUGAUUGUCUACCUCCACUGCAGCUCAAACACAAGGCAUCAACGGUUUAUAAGUAUUUUUUGUCAGCAGUUGAGGAGAACGGUCUCCCAUCACGUGUGCGUACAGAUUGUGGAUUGGAGAAUUUUGAAGUCGCUCGUCACAUGCUACAACAUCGUGGUCUUAACAGAGCUAUUCACGGAAGGUGCCCUUCGUAUGCACAUUUCUGGAUUGAACCCAGUUGAGUAUCCCAACAGUGAGUAUUCUGAGUACGGUGUUGAAGAACUUCAUGCCGAUGAAAGUGAUGAUAACUCUGACUUGGAAGGUGUUCAUGUCCCUCAAAUGGAUGCUAACAAUCAAUAUUCUCAUCUUAUCGAAUUUGUGAGCAAUCAAGUCAAUCCACUUGCUGAAAGUGACAGUAUUGCUAUUGAUAUUUACCAGCGUGUGCUGCGAACAAUGGAACAAUCUAUUAACAAUAUAACCUAG